AUGUCGUUAACACACCCUCAACCACCGUACCCACUCCACGAUUCUGUCAAGGACAAACUCCAUCCAGAGUAUGUCAAGUUUUACAAUGAACACAUAAUCAACUCCCAACAGGUGCACUACCAGCCAGUCUCGGCAUCUCGAGUGGGAGGCAAGAUCAUUCCCGGUGGCGGAGAUCCCCUCCCCGUCGGCAGGACCCAAGAUAUUGCACUCAAGCGCCAGCAAACCGAAGGACCCGAUGUCCAGAUCAGAUGCUUCACUCCCGAGGGCGAGCCACCGGCGAAUGGCUGGCCCGUCAUGAUAUACUACCAUGGUGGUGGCUGGGUGUUAGGCAACAUCUCCACCGAGAACACGGUCUGCACGAACAUGUGUGCUCGAUCCAGAUACGUGGUCAUCACCACUGAUUAUCGACUCGCUCCCGAACACCCAUGGCCGGCGGCUGUCCACGAUUCUUGGGAAACUGUUCUGUGGGUCUUCGGAGAGGGCAAAUCGACCCUUUCGCUAGAUCUGUCCAACGUCGCCAUUGGAGGUUCCUCGGCGGGCGGCAAUCUUGCGGCCAUCAUGACUCAGAAAGCGCUUUCAUAUCCCAGCAUCAAGUUCACUCUUCAACUCUUGAUUGUUCCCGUCACCGACAACACGGCGACUGUCGAGUCCAAUCCGACAUACAAGAGCAACGAAUUCACCGCGGCCCUUCCAGCGGAGAAGAUGCUCUGGUACAGGAGGCAUUACCUGCCCAACGAGAAGGACUGGAGCAAUCCAGAGGCUUCGCCGAUAUUGUACCCUGCAGAGAACUUUUCCAAGCUUCCGGCAGCAGUAGUCGUGGUUGGAGAACUCGAUGUGUUGAAAUUCGAAGGCGAAGCUUAUGCCCGAAAGCUGAGAGAAGCUGGUGUGGAAGCGACUGUACAUGUCAUGGAGGGCAUGCCUCACCCAUUCUUGGCCAUGGAUGCAGUGCUCGAGGCAGGAAGGGCCGCUAUCACUAUCUUAUGUGACAGCCUGACCAAGGCUAUAUCGUAG